AUGUGUCCGGGCGAGAAGGCCGAUUUCUGUGGCCGUGGACGGGAUGUGUGUAAAUGUGAUUAUGUAAUAUUGAUCCCAUCCUCGCACUUGGGAGGCUUUGUGUGUGGACUCCAGAUUGUGGACGGAUUUGUACCGGAUAACACAUGUGUACGGGCGUGGAUAGCACAAGUGAAUAUGGGUGUUGCAAUUUGUGAAGCGGAGGUAAAAAUAUUAUAUAAAGACAGUGAAAACUUAGGUUUUAUGAGAAAACGAAGUUGGGGGUUUGCGGAUCUGGAGGAGCACCCGACAUUGUCUCUUUCUCUACUAGACGGUAAGAUUAUGUUGCAAACCUGGCAAAUUAAUCUGAAGGAUGAUUCGUAUACAGUAGGAAGAACUCCGGAAAUGUCUUUCAAUCGGAAUAGUGUGGUUUCGAAUUCGUAUGAGGGCAUCCUAAGAACAUACCCAGGUAAGAGAGGCUUGGGAAUACCGAAGAGGUGCCGAUGUGGUGGCGACGUAGCUCUUCGUGAGAAUCAUGACGGCAGGAGGUUCUUCGAGUGCACGGAGGACACAAUAGAUGGACAAGCACACCUUAAAACAUGGUGGGAGGAAGCUAUAACGGAACAGUUUGAUGAGCUCUAUGAUGAAAUCGACGACAUCAACAGGCAUAUAACUUGCAUCACGAUGGACUGUGGUCGUUCCGACAAACUGGCGGACGAGAUAAACUUGCUGAAGGAGAGUGUGAUGAAACACGAUCGAAAAUCGGCGAAGGAGUUGAAGAUUGUUGUGUGUUCAGGGAACGGCGAAGAGGUGAACUGGGAGGCGGAAUCUGACAAUCGUAAUCAGACUCUCAGUGUCUUGUUCACCCGGGCUAAUAUGACAUUCAGUUGCAACAGCGAGACCUCCAUAUCAUACUCGGGCAGCUACAGAAGCUAUCUUGGUCAUGGACGAGUGGGGAUUCCGAGUAAGUGUAGAUGUGGUCUGGAUGUUGCUCUUCGCACAUGUGAUAAUGGGAAAAGGUUCUACUUAUGCAAGGGGAAUACCAUGGAUGGAGAGCCGCACCUGAGAAUGUGGUUGGAUGAAGCAAUUCUAGAGGAGUUGGGUGAGUUGAAGGACGGUUUGGCCGGCGUAGAUACGCAGGUGCAGAAUCUCAGCGUGGAUUGUGGAUGCUUGGAGGGGAUUGUUAACGAGAUCGAGGUGCUGAAGGGGUUAAUUAAAAAACGUGAUGACAGAGUAGGGUACGAGUUCAAGGUUGCUAUUGCGUUUGGUAUAAUCGCUAGCGUUGUUGCUCUUACCGCGUUAUUCAACUAG